AUGGCCAUCAAUAUCAAUCGCAGUGUUCUCGAUCCAUUUUAUCGUUACAAAAUGCCUCGUUUGCAAGCAAAAGUGGAAGGCAAGGGAAAUGGAAUAAAAACUGUUAUUGCAAACAUGACCGAGAUAGCAAAAGCUCUUGAACGUCCCCCGACUUAUCCAACUAAAUAUUUUGGAUGUGAACUUGGUGCACAGACUAAUUUUGAUAUGAAGAAUGAGCGUUUCAUCGUUAAUGGAGAGCAUGAUGCGAAUAAGCUGCAAGACAUACUCGAUGGGUUUAUCAGAAAAUUUGUGCUGUGCGGCGCUUGCGAGAAUCCGGAAACUACUCUUGCUGUGCGAAAAAAUCAGAUCUACAGUAAAUGCAAAGCUUGUGGUAACACAUCAACAAUUGAUCCGAAACAUAAGCUUUCAACGUUUAUCAUGAAGAAUCCGCCGAAAGCGGAAGAAAAAGAUAAGGAGAAGAAGGAAAGUGGGGAUGGAACGCCAGAGGAGUCCUUUGCUGAAGAAGCUUUGAGUGAUAAAGACUUGAAUGGCAGCGGCUCUGAGGAUGUUGAUGACGGUGAUUGGGCCGAACCAAUUGAAGAUGGAGUAAAUGCAGUGUCGGCUCAAAUCGGCAAGUUCAUUAUCAGCAAGGAUUUGGAAAAAUCUGUUGAUGAAAGAUUGGAUAUGCUACAUAAUUAUUUUUUGAAAGCUAAAGAAAAUGAAACUCUUCAUGAAAGCAAGAACUUGCUUAAUGAAGCCGAGCGCCUUGACCUGAAAUCUAAAGCGACUUUGCUUCUUGCUGAUGUACUCUUCGAUAUAAAUGUAGUUGCGCAGAUAAAAGAAUAUCGCACCUUACUUCUUCGUUUCACCAUCGGUGAUCAAAAGGCACAACGCCACCUGUUAGGUGGCAUCGAGCAGCUAAUCUCUCAACACGUUGAUGUAUUGCUUCCAAAGUCUGCCCAUAUUAUUAAAGCACUUUACGAUAACGAUAUAAUUGAGGAAGAAGUGCUUCUUGCAUGGGGAGAAAAGCCGGUGAAAAAAUAUGUGAAAAAGAAGUUAUGCGAGGAGAUCAUUAAUAGAGCGAAGCCUGUGCUUGAAUGGUUGAAAAACGCCGAAGAAGAUGACAGUGAAGAAGGCGAUGAUGACCAUUUUGUCGAAUUUGACGAUCGCGUCUGCGUUGUUGGCACUGUUGAUAGCAAAGAUAGAACAAAGAGCGAGCAGUCGAUAUCCAAGGUGCAAACAUUAACUGGGGAAGAGGUUAAUAUCGAUGACAUUUGA